AUGCCUCCUCAUGAAGGUCUCGUACACCUCAAGGAAUACGACAUCAAAGACAGCAAUAUCGAGCUGAUUGGAACCGAUAUUGACCAUCAGGUCAAAUACAAGUCGGCAGCCGAGGAGCCCGCUUGGCACGUUGUCGGAAAGAGGCCAGGCCUGCUAAUUUGGCGUAUCGAUAGCUUCCAGGUUGUUCCAUGGCCUGAAGAGAAACAUGGCCAAUUCUACGAUGGCGACAGCUUCAUCGUCCUCCACUCCUUUAAAGUUGGCAGCAAGGAUGGCUCCGAGAAGCUAGCCCACGCAAUCUACUUUUGGCUCGGCAGCCACACGUCGCAGGACGAGGCUGGUACCGCCGCUUACAAAACUGUCGAGCUAGAUGAGUUCCUUCACGGCGCCGCAUCGCAACACCGAGAGGUGCAAUCAGCCCCUUCUGAUGAAUUUCUCGCCUUGUUCCCCAAGAUUUCCAUUCGCUCCGGCGGUGUCCGAUCCGGAUUUAGACACGUCGAGGAGGCGCGCAAGGAGGAUGUCACCACUCUCCUGCGCGUCUUCACCAACCCCGGGUCCAAAGCCUCCAACGGCGUGGUUGUCCACGAGGUUGAACCCACCUACCACAGCCUCGACGACGGUGACGUUUUCAUCCUUGAUAAAGGCGACAAGAUCUGGGUCUGGCAGGGCAAGAGCUGCAGUCCCAUGGAAAAGGCCAAGGCUGCCCAAAUCGUGCACGACAUGACUCUCGCAAAGCACAUUGAUGUCGAGGUUGUUGCCCAGACCGAGUCGCGCUCGCGUCGUGUGAUUGAUCUUCUCGGCGGCGAUGCUUCGACGCAAUUCGAUGGCUUUAAGCAGGGCCGCCCAAUUACUUCCGGCAACAAAGCUUCCAUUGCUUCCGGCCGCUCGAAGAAGCUAUUCAGACUUAGUGAUGCCUCUGGACAACUUUCAUUCAGCCUUGUCAAAAAUGGAAAUGUCACUGCCAAUGAUCUAGAUGGCAAUGACGUCUUCCUCUUGGACAGCGGAGAGGCCGUCUGGGUGUGGGAGGGUCAAGGUGCAAGCCGUGCUGAGAGGGCCCAGUGGUUGCGAGUUGCCCAGGCAUACAUUUGCCAACUGGCUCAGCAUUCUACAGAUAGCCAUCUUAUUCCUCUAGCCAAGGUCAACCAAGGCAACGAAACAAUAGCUUUUCAGCAAGCCAUUGCUGCGUAA